GGAACUUUUUCCUUUUUGUACUAAAAAGGAACAAAAUUGAGUAUUUUUAUUGAGUUUGGUUGUAUGUUUGAGUAUCUUCUGCUCUGUUGUCUGAUGUUUUCAGGCUCUCAGGAUGAUGAUGGGACUGGGUUUGGUCUUCAUUUAUAAAGGCAACAUGACUGUAAACGGUUUAGUGCUGCCCCAGGGUGAAUCUCUCUUUCAGAACGGUAUGAUGAGCUGUUUGCCGUCUUGUCUUCUGUCAGAUAACUGAAGCCAUAAGUCAUGUCAAAUGAAACUCUUCUGCUUGUGUGUCCUCAGGAGUCAGCGUUCACUGGCUGGGUGAUUUUGUUUUUGUGGAGAGCAGUUUGGGCGUCAGAUUGAAAUUCGACAUGGAGAACACCGUCUAUUUGACGGUUACCGCUGAACACCAGACGGCCACUAGAGGGCUCUGUGGGGUAUUCAACAACAACCCAGACGGUAUGAAUGUUUGAGUAAAACACCCAAGCUACAUAACACACACAGCACAGUCUAUGUUCAAUCUGCUCAAGAGGAGAAAAAAUAUGUAUAGUUACCCACAAUCCUCAGCGUUUUUAUGUUGUAUCUGUUGUUUUAUUCCCCUUUUUUUCACGCAAUCUCUUGUGGUGUUUUAUCUUAUAUUUCACAGAUGACUUCACCGCCAGCGCUGGAAGUGUUUCGCAGUACGCCGCCAGCUUUGGAAACUCAUGGCGUGUUCAGGAUCAGCAGUCUCAGGUACCUGUCUGUUCAGUACCACUUAUAGUUUGUUUAAAGUUAGUGUGACUGUUGAAAAGCAUUCUGGGUAAUAUGAUCUUAUCUCUCUCCUGCAGGUGUGUAAUGAUGCCGCUGAGUUGGGUCACAGCUGUGAUGUCACCCCUGACGUUACUCUCCGUCGUAACGCAGAAACUGUUUGUCAUCGGCUGAAAGAAUCUCCGUUCACACACUGUCAUCAGCAGGUCAACUAAAAUAACUUUAAUUGAACUUUAUAAAUGAAGUUGAACCGUAUAGUUAACACAUCGUUCCACCUCUGUCUGCGCAGGUGGAUCCUGGUCCGUAUAUAGACACGUGUCUGUAUCUAUACUGCAGUCUGAGCACGAGCGAGAGGGAUGUGGCCGUCUGUGACACAUUAGCCGGCUACGUGCGCGAAUGUGCGCAGCAACACGUCAUUAUUAACUGGAGGAAGACGGGGUUUUGUGGUACGUUGUCAUUCUUUGGCUUUAUCCAAAAUAAGGAUGCGUUGUUAAAACUGUGACACGCGAAACAUGAAUGUCAGGUUGUGCGAAAGAUUCCUUAUGAUUUUGUGCUGCGAUUAGUCAUAACUGUGGUUUUGGCCCACAGAGCGCACGUGUCCCAACGGUCAGGUGUUUUCCGACUGCGUGUCCUCGUGUCCCCCCAGCUGUUCGUCUCGUCUCCCCCCCGCGCCGGGUCAGUGCAGGGACGAGUGUGUCGGUGGGUGUGAGUGUCCUCAGGGUCUCUACCUGCACGCCGGUCAGUGCUGGAGACGAGACGACUGUCCGUGCUUCUACAGACGCCGCACGUACGGCACCGGAGACACCAUCACUCAGAAGUGCAACACAUGGUGGGUAAACACGAUUGGUCGUGAUGUCACAGGGGACAUUCGAUGAAAAUUCAGCCGUCAUCACAAAUUAUGAUGUGAUGUUCAUUUGAUAUGCAGUUCUACUGUUGUUGUUUGUUUUUGUGUAGCGUGUGUCGAGCGGGUCAGUGGGAAUGCUCUGGAGAGAGAUGUGAAGCUCAGUGUACUGUGACCGGUGGGAUGCACAUCACCACAUUUGAUCAGAAGAGAUACGACCUGCAGGGCGGCCACUGCCGCUUCACCGCUAUAGAGGUGAUCAACACCGUGUCACAUCAUGUGUGGAUAAAGUGUGUGUUUGAGUGUCAAUGUUUCUCCAUGUUUGUGUUUCUGUUGUUUUGUGAAUCUUUCUGUGCGUUUGCAGGAUUUUGUGGAUAAGAAACUGUCUGUGAGCAUCAGUGGAGGAUCAUGUGCAGGUGGAGGAGCUGAUGGUUGUCUGAGAGAACUGAUGGUCACAGCGCUUCAUACAACAGUGAUCAUUACAGACACAGGUCAUCCAUCCAUCCCUUCGUUACCCACCCACCUGCAAUUCAUCCAUCCAUCCGUCUAUCAUCAAUCUCUUCAUUACCAUCCACCUUUCCAUCUCUUAUAUCUUUACCAUUAAUUAAUUAAUUCAUCCCAUUCAUCCAUUAUCAGACUAUCCUUUUAUCAUCCCUUAUUCACAACCUUAAUACAUCCCUUCAUUUCAUAUCCAUGCAUUUAUCAUUCAUCUCAUCAUCUGCUCUGCACCCUUCAUCACUAUUUAGUUUUCUGUCUUUCCAACUCUGUUUUAUCCAUCCCUUUAACUACCAUCCCUCUCUCUCUCUCUCCAUCUAGUUUUCAUUCUUUUCUCGUCUAUCUGUUCAUCUAUAUCUCCAUCCAUUCCUCUAUGCAUUCAUCAAAACCCUCCCCGCAUCCAUCUUUAUCCAUCGUUUCAUAAUCCAUCCAUCAUCCAUUCCUUUCUCUUUUUCCAUCCAUCCAUUUAUUCAUCAGUCACCCCAUCUAUUGGUCCAUCACAUCCUUUUCUUCCUCUCCAUCGUUCCUCUAUCAUCCAUCUAUCCAUUCAUCCUUCUUUCAUUGUCAUCAUCUCUAUCAUUCUUGUUUUUCUCCAUUCAACACUUCUUUCAUCCUUCAGUGCAUUCAUGAUUUAUUGUGUUUCUCUCUCUGUAAUGACGUUUUCUCUCAGGUUCAGUGAUGGUGAACGGUCAGAGGGAGAUGUUGCCGCUCAUAACAGGAGAUCUGAUGGUCAGAAAAGCGUCCUCUAGUUUUCUUGUCAUCCAGGCGUUUGGAGCUCAGUUGAUGUGGUAUCUGGACGGUUCUCUUCUCUUCAUCACCCUACAACCUGGGUUUGCUCAUAAGGUUCUUGCUAGACACCACAAAACAGCAUUUUCAGUGAAAUAGAAAAAGAAUGUAAGAGAAUAUAUUGAUGUUGAAUCCUUGCGGUAGGUUCGAGGGUUAUGCGGCACUCUGACGUGGACUCAACACGAUGACUUCACCACACGUGAAGGCGAUGUGGAAAACGGCGUUACCUCCUUUGCCACCAAGUUCAGCACAGAGUCGUGCCCUCUGCCCUCAUCCAUGACCUCUGACCCCUGUGGGACAUACACCCAGCGCAGACAGUAUGCAGAGAGCAUGUGCUCUGUCAUCCACAGUGCGGCGUUUCAGGUGAGCGUCCUGUGACGUGUUGAGUUCAGACUCUUCAACUCAUUACAUCUGAACGUCACCGUGUCCUCGGUCUUACAGGCGUGUCAUGAUGUGGUGGACAGAGAGUCGUACCUGCGUCUGUGUCUGGGUGAGGUGUGCAGCUGUGGCCCUCUGAAAUCCUGCCAGUGCACCGUCCUCGCCGCCUAUGCCAGACACUGUGCCCAAGAGGGGGCGCUGGUGAGCUGGAGAAAUCGCACCUUCUGCUGUAAGAAAUGCUAUAACCGUAAUCUAUUUCUUUCCUAUUAAGGCCAUUUCUUUAUCUGGUACACAUGAAGCUCACUAGGUUGUUUCCUCUCUCGUGCCAGCGGUGCAUUGUUCCGGAGGUCAGGUGUAUCAGGAAUGCGGGCGUCCGUGUGGAGCUUCAUGUUCUGAUCUUUGGCGGGGCUGGAGCUGUGAGGAGGGCAUCAGGAGCUGCGUGCCAGGCUGUCAGUGCCCAGAGGGACUGGCACAGGACGACGAGGGUCAGUGUGUGCCCGUCAGCAUGUGUCCCUGCAUGCAUGGAGACAAACUUCACCCCGCUGGAAGUACCAUACAGAAGAACUGCAACAGCUGCGUGUGCACGCGUGGCGUGUGGAUGUGCACAGAUGAAUCCUGUCCUGAGGUCAGUCAGUGUCCAGGCUCUCUUAUCUUCUCUCCUCACUCGUGUUUGAGAACAUGUUCUGGUCCACAUUCUUCUCUGGACGUCUGCACUGAACCCGUCCACGGCUGUGUCUGUCCUGAAGGGACUGUUCUGCUGGAUGAUAAUCAGUGUGUAACACCAGAUGAAUGUCCGUGUCAUCACAACGGCAAACUGUAUUUCACCAAUGACACCAUCUCCAAAGACUGCAACACAUGUGUCUGUCGCGGUCAGCGUUGGCACUGCGGUCAGCUCUUAUGUGCAGGUACCUGCGUGGCCACAGGUGACCCUCAUUACAUCACUUUUGAUGGGCGGUACUUCUCGUUCCUGGGCGACUGUGAGUAUGUGCUGGCCCAGGAGACGAGGGGACUUUUCGGUGUGACCGCUGAGAACGUGCCCUGCGGGAGCACAGGGGUCACCUGCACCAAAUCUGUCACCCUGACCGUGGGCAAUACCGCCAUACACCUGCUGAGAGGUAAAGCUGUUACUGUCAAUGGCAUUUCUGUUACUCUCCCAAAAUCAUAUUCUGGCAAUGGAUUGAUUCUGGAGCGGGUCGGGAUGUUUGUGUCCCUCACCUCUCGUCUCGGGGUCUCACUGCUCUGGGAUGGAGGUAUGCGUGUUUACGUGCGACUGAUGCCUCACCUGCGUGGUCGAGUGGGAGGAUUGUGUGGGAACUUUGAUGGAGACGCUGAGAACGACUUCACUACGAGACAAGGAAUCAUGGAAUCAACUCCAGAACUGUUUGGAAACUCGUGGAAGGUCAGUCCUUCCUGUCCCGAUGUCACGGACCAGGACCUCCGGGACCCCUGCAUCAUCAACCCUCACAGGGUGACAUGGGCGAAGAAAAAGUGUGCCGUGAUUGGUCAGGAGAUCUUCAGCCUGUGUCACGCUGAGGUGCCGUUCCAGAAGUACUACGACUGGUGUGUUUUUGACGCCUGCGGUUGUGAUUCAGGUGGUGAUUGUGAGUGUCUGUGUACGGCCAUCGCUGCGUACGCUGAGGAGUGUAACCGCAGAGGAGUGUACAUACGCUGGAGGUCACAGGAACUCUGCCCUCUUCAGUGCGAGAAUGGUUUGGUGUACGAGGCGUGCGGUCCUGCCUGUUCUCCUGAAUGUCCCAGUGCUCCUUCAAACCCUGAAACUCUAUGUAGUGCCCUGUCCUGUGUGGAGGGAUGCUUCUGUCCUCACGGCACCGUACGGCACGGUGACGGUUGUAUCUCAGUGUCUCAGUGUCCGUGCCAGUGGGACGGAUCUUUGUAUCCUGCAGGAGCGUCUGUUGUUCAACACUGUCAGAACUGCUCAUGUUCUGACGGCUCGUGGCAUUGUGUCGGAUCUCCAUGUUCUCCUCCGUCACCCUGUGAGGAUUCAGAGUAUCUCUGUCCGGGCGGAUCUAAGCGCUGUAUUCCGUCUCUCUGGCUCUGUGAUAAUGAAGACGACUGCGGUGAUGGUUCUGAUGAGAUCUGUCCUGCCACGUGUGCUCCGGGUCACUUUCGCUGCUCCGGAGGCGCCUGUUUACCGCUGGAGCUCAGGUGUAACGGACACCCCGACUGCGCCGACCAAUCAGAUGAGGACUUCUGUGCGCCUGCCUCACCAGUACCUGUCUGUCCUGCCGGAGAGUUCAUGUGCUCAAACGGACGCUGUCUGCCUGUCAGGAAAGUCUGUGACGGGAAGCUGGAUUGUGGAUUUGCGGAUGAUUCUGAUGAGCACGACUGUGGCGUGCUGUGCAGACAGGAUGAGUUUCGUUGUUCGUUGGGUCGCUGUGUGCUUUAUCUUCACCGCUGUGACGGUCAUGAUGACUGUGGAGACUACAGCGAUGAGAGAGGAUGUGUGUGUGCUCCCGGAGAGUUCCAGUGUCCUGGAGAUCAGUGUGUACCUGCAGACAGAGUGUGUGACGGACACAGAGACUGUCCAUCCGGCAUCGAUGAGCUCAUCUGUCCCUUUAAAGGGUGCAGUCAGUUUGAGUUCGGGUGUACGAGCGGACAGUGCGUCCCUCUGGCCUGGCGCUGUGAUGGUGAGACAGACUGUCUGGACGGGACGGAUGAGAAACGCUGUUCCCGCACCUGUCAGCUCGACCAGUUCCUCUGUCAUACUGGUGACCAGUGUAUCCAACACCAGCAGCUGUGUGACGGCACGCCGGACUGUAAAGACGCGUCAGACGAGAGCAUGGACAACUGCGGCUCCACACGGAUUCCUCCGUGUCCAGGCAGCUUCUCGUGUGAUAACCGCACGUGUGUCAAUGUUUCACGUGUGUGUAACGGGAUCCCCGACUGCCCGAGAGGAGAGGACGAGAUAUUGUGUGAUAAACUCAGUCCCUCCAGAGCGCCUCCUACUGAUGGAAACACCAGUGCAGUCUGUCCAGAGUUCACCUGUGAGGACGGAUCAUGUGUUCCCUUCAGUGCGUUGUGUAACGGUAUAGCAGACUGUCCCUCAGACGAGCAGGGUUGUGGUGCCUGGGGGUCUUGGGGUCCGUGGAGUUCCUGCAGCAGUAGUUGUGGAGCCGGCAUCAUGAGCCGACAGAGACGCUGUGCUCCAGAGGAUUCAGACGUGAGCUGUAGGGGUGAGAGCGUUCAGAGACAGCAGUGUUACUCCACCGCCUGUCCAGUUGAUGGUUACUGGUUGCCGUGGGUGACGUGGUCAAACUGCAGUGCGGGUUGUGAGGGGGUGGAGCUGCGUCAGAGAGAGUGUUUUCCCCCGCAGAACGGAGGAAGAACCUGCGCAGAACUCCCCGGAGAAACCAACCUGACUACUGACAUCAGGCCCUGUCCUCCGAACGGCUGUGUUAACGUCUCGUGUCCCGCGGGUCUCGUCAGACACACCUGUGCAUCGUGCCCUUUGACCUGUGCUCACGUCUCCGGGGCAACGACGUGUGACCCCAACUCCAAGUGUUUCACAGGUUGCUGGUGUGCUGAUGGGAGGGUCAUGAAUCACGAGGGUCAGUGUGUCCUGCCGGACGAAUGCGUGUGUGAGGUGUCUGGGGUCAGAUAUUGGCCAGGUCAGCAGGUUAAAGUGGGCUGUGACAUCUGUGUGUGUGAGAGAGGCCGAGCUCAGCGCUGUCAACCCAACCAUGAGUGUUCUGUACACUGUGGCUGGUCAUCGUGGUCGUCGUGGGGUGAGUGUUUAGGUCCGUGUGGAGUUCAGAGUGUGCAGUGGUCUUUCCGGAGUCCAAACAACCCAUCCAAACACGGCAAUGGCCGACAGUGCCGUGGGAUAUACCGCAAGGCCAGACGGUGUCAGACGGAGGCGUGCAGUGAGUGUGAGGAUGAGGGUCACACACAUGCGGUGGGUGAGCGAUGGAGAGGGAGUCACUGUCAGUUGUGUCACUGUUUGCCUAACCUGACGGUGCGGUGCGCCCCCUACUGCCCAUACACUGCCACUGGAUGCCCACAGGGUCAGACUUUGAUUCCGGCUGAAGAAGAUCAAUGUUGUCGAUGUGAAGAUAAAGGAAAUGGUACCACUAUCUUGGCAACUACCCCAGCAGCCCUUCCAAUAACAGUUGAGGUCUCUACACCAGCAGACGGGCCCCCAUCUGUACCAACAUACCCUCUACCACCUGGAGAUGAGUGCUGGUCAGCUCUGGGGAUUCACUCGCUCCCCGUCGCCAGUUUCAGCGCGUCGUCCCACCAGCUGGGUCAUCCUCCUUCAGCGGGACGCCUGCACGCACGGGACCCCCACAGCGACCUGCAGGGCUGGAGUCCAGAACCGGAGCAGUACAGAGACCUCUCACCCGGCGCUCCUGAGGGUCACGGGAUCACCACACACGCUCCCUAUCUCCAGAUGGACAUGCUGAGACCCUACAAUAUCACAGGUGUGUUGACUCAGGGUGGAGGUGUGUUUGACACUUUUGUGUCCAGCUUCUAUCUUCAGUUCAGCAGUGAUGGACAUCAGUGGUACAUGUACAAAGAGCUCAUCACAGACGCCAGACCCAAAGCUAAGGUGUUUCUGGGUAACAGUGAUGAUCACGGUGUCGCUCUGGCCCGGUUGGACAGGAUGGUGUCAGCACGGUUUGUUCGGAUUUUGCCUCAUGACUUUCAGAACGGGAUCUAUCUGAGAGUUGAGCUCAUGGGCUGCACUGAGGAGCAUCACUGGUCCACUCGCGCACCUCCUCUGACCGUCUCUCCUCCCCUGCGUCCCUGUAGAGAGAGAGAGUUUCGGUGUGGGAACGGGCGCUGUGUUCCCGCAGGUCAUCAGGGGGUGCUGUGUGAUGGGCGUGAUGACUGUGGAGAUGCUACAGAUGAACUGAACUGUGGUACACGUCCAACUCCAACCGUCUGCCCGUCAGGUCAGUUCUCUUGUUCUCCACCAGAUGGCUGUAUUGAGUCAGUGCAGCGGUGUGAUGGAGUUCCACAGUGUCCAGAUGGUGCUGAUGAGAGAGACUGUACACACAUAAAUAUAACUCACAUCACCCCUACAGCCGCCCCUCUCAGGACGCCCAGCAAGACGCAUGUAACCACACCCAAACCUCUCACCACCACAGAAGCCGGACCAGGUGCAAAAGGGAUCUGCGCCUCUGCUCUUGGAUUGGAGGAAGGGCGUGUCCAUUACGGUCAGCUGACCUCGUCGUCCUACAGAGAGAAUAACCCUGCAGACGCCGGCCGCCUCAAUGUUGCUCCUAACGUGAUGAUCAUGGAGCCCGGGUGGAGUCCGUUGCCCGGUGACCCUCAUCCCUUCUUCCAGGUGGAUUUUCUGGAGCCCACAUGGAUAUCUGGUGUUGUGACGCAGGGCAGCGAGCGCAUGUGGGGUUACCUCACCAAAUACAGACUUGCUUUUGCUUUAGAGGACAACCAUUUCACAAACUUCACAGAGACCGGAGAGAGAGGAUCCCCUCUGAAGAUGUUUGAGGUGAGGAUGGUCGGACACACACCCGUCACACGCUGGUUGGAUAGAUUGGUAAAAGCACGAUUCCUCCGGAUCAUUCCUGUAGAAUUUAGAAACACUUUCUACCUGCGGGUCGAGGUCUUGGGCUGCAGAGGAGAUGAGUUGGUCACACCCGGAAGGGAAGUGUCCACGGUGACACCCGGUGUACCAGGGUUACAGAAUCGCACCGGACCGACCGGAAGUCCCGGUCACUAUGACCACACCUCCGGACCUCCAGGGCUUCACACUAAAAGUCCUCAGGAUGGCAGUCCUGGUGUAGCUCCACCCACCCGCAUCACAACAGCGCCACCUGUCGUCGGUCCAACAGGAGUGCCAGGUCUCUGGGACACACCGACACCUCCUGAUGAUGAAUUACCCAGAGUCCUGUGCGUCGAGGGCCAGUUUGUCUGCCGGAGUUUUGGUUGUGUGGAAGCUGCGCUGGUGUGUGAUGGACGCAAAGAUUGUGCCGAUGGCUCAGAUGAGGAGCGCUGUGGGGCCGUCACACCCGUUCCUUCACCCAUAACGCCCACCCAGCGACCCCAGGUGCCCAGACCCUGCUCGGUCAAGCAGUUCAGCUGCUGGAGCGGUGAGUGUGUGAGUUUGGGGAGGCGCUGUGAUCUCCGCAGAGACUGUGCCGAUGGAUCGGAUGAGCAGGACUGCUUCGAUUGUAUUUUGUCUCCGUGGAGUUCGUGGAGUCAGUGCAGUGCGUCGUGUGGACUCGGCUCACUGUUUCGUCAGAGGACCAUCCUGAGGGACGCCCGGCCGGGCGGUUCCUGCGGGGGGGCUCAGUUCGACAGUCGGGCCUGUUUUCUUCAGGCCUGUCCAGUGGACGGUCAGUGGUCCGAGUGGUCCGAGUGGUCAGGUUGUGACGUCCCGUGUGGUGGAGGUCUGAGCGUGCGGAACAGAACCUGCUCGAACCCUCCACCCAAAAACGGUGGGAAAGUGUGUGAGGGAAUGAGCAGACAAACACACGGCUGUAACGCCUGCGGUCCCGAUACUGACACACACACAGGUUGCACUGGAGGAAUGAUUUUAGUGAAGGAGUCAGACUGUUUUGCUGGAAGAAUGGACCCGUGUCCUGUGACCUGCUCUGAUCUUCAGGAUGAGACCAACUGCACCUUAAACUGCACCACAGGAUGUCGUUGUCCUCCUGGACUCCUCCUUCAAGAUGAACGAUGUGUGAACAUCAGUGAGUGUGAGUGCUCAUGGCGAGGUUCAGUCCUCCGGCCCGGAGAGGAAGUUCAUAACAACAGCUGUAGCACAUGCGUGUGUAAAGAGGGGCGUGUCACAUGCGAUAAAUCCAGCUGUGUUGCUCGCUGUGAUUGGUCGGCCUGGUCAUCAUGGACGUCUUGUGACAGUGUCUGUGGGACGGGAAUACAGCACCGUUACAGGUCUCCUCUGAGCCCAACGCGAGUGUCACGGGUCGAGCCGUGUGAGGGUGACUCUACAGAAGCCCGCCGGUGCUAUGUGCCCUGCUCAGAUGAGGGGGUCGUGUGGGGCGAGUGGACGAUGUGGUCCGAGUGCAGUAAGACGUGUUUUCAUCACGUGGAUGACGUGGGUCUGAGACGGCGCUUCAGGAGCUGUAAUCACACAGACAAUAGCGCCCCCUGUGGUGAAGACUCUGAAGAACAAGAACCAUGCAACACGUUUCACUGUCCAGUGAACGGUGGCUGGUCGUCCUGGUCCAGUUGGUCUGAUUGUUCAUCAGCGUGUGAUUCUGGAGUUCAGACGAGAGAUCGCUUCUGCAGCGCUCCUCCUCCUCUGUACGCAGGUCUUGGGUGUCCCGGGCCGCUCAUCCAGACGCGGGACUGUAACGUUAAGCCCUGCACUGGUGUGUGUCCAGACGGGAUGAGUUUCCUGUUAAAGGAGCAGUGUCAGGCUCAGGGAGGGGCGUGUCCUCGGGUGUGUCUGGAUGCCAUGCUGGACGUUGAGUGCACUACUGAGUGUUAUGAUGGAUGUUACUGUUCUCCCGGUCACUUUCUGUACAACAACACCUGUGUUCCUCUGGAGCACUGUCCGUGUUAUCACAAGGGGGCGCUGUACAUGCCGGGAGACACGGUUUCAUUCCACCACCACUGCAACAACUGCACGUGUGUUAAUGGAGAGAUGGCGUGUGGAUCGACGCCGUGUCCUGUGGAUUGUGGGUGGAGUGAAUGGACCUCCUGGAGCGCCUGCAGCCGUACUUGUGACGUUGGCAUCAGACGGCGCUUUCGGUCGGGCACCAGUCCAGCGCCGGCGUUCGGUGGACGGGCCUGUGAGGGAGAACGCAUCGGACUGGACACAUGCAGCAUUACACCCUGUUUUGGAGUGAAGGGUCCGUGGAGCCAGUGGUCCGAGUGUUCAGUUUCAUGUGGAGGAGGCUACAGGAACAGAACCAGAGGUCCAAUCAGAACCCACGGAACUUCUCAACAGUUCAGUGCCUGUAACCUACAGCCCUGCGCAGGAGGUGGAAGUGUGUGUGCAGCGGGACAGGAGUGGAGCGAGUGUGUGAGGGAUGUGUUGUUGUGUUCAGAUUUGGGCACUGAUGUCCAGAGAGACGCUACCUGCCACCCUGGAUGCCAGUGUCCUGACGGCUCAGCUUUACAGGAAGGAGCGUGUGUGUCUCUUCUUCUGUGUCGCUGUCAUGUUGACGGUCAGCAGUAUGAACCCGGAGCAACAGUCUCCAAAGACUGUAAUAACUGCACAUGUGGGUCAGGAGAACUGAUCAACUGUAUACGUGUGGAGUGUAACGUGGACGGCAGCUGGUCAUCUUGGACUCCAUGGGGUUUGUGUUCAGUGUCAUGCGGCGCUGGUCUUCAGUCUCGCUAUCGGUUCUGUACUGACCCGGUGCGGGUGGGAUACGGGCUGCCGUGUGUCGGGCCGGACAGAGAGGACAGAGUUUGUGCUUCAGCGCCCUGCAGCCGGGACGGAGGCUGGAGUGAGUGGACGUCUUGGACAGACUGCAGUAAAUCAUGUGGAGGAGGUGUGAGGAGUCGCAGGAGAGACUGUAAUAAACCCAUCACAGGACCUGAUGGAGACUAUUGUGAAGGACUGGGAACUGAACUCAUCACCUGUAACACAAACCACUGUCCAGUGGCUCCGUGUUCACAUGUUCCAGGCAGUGUGCUCAGUGCGUGUGGGCCGUCGUGUCCACGCUCAUGUGAUGAUCUAUCUUACUGUGAGUGGCGCUGUGAGCCAGGCUGUUACUGUACCGAUGGUAAAGUUCUGAACUCAAACGGUUCCGAGUGUGUAGAGAGAGAGUCUUGUCCCUGUCUGGACGUGCUGACAGGACUACGAGUCAAACCCGGAGAGAUGAUCUCCGCUCCAGACGGCUGUAAUAACUGCACGUGUGAUGGAGGAAAACUCAGCUGCAGUGAGAACUCAUGUCCAGUGGAUGGAGGCUGGUGCGAGUGGUCCGACUGGACGCCGUGUUCAAAGACGUGUGGGGCGGAGUGGGUGACACGAUACCGCAGCUGUGCCUGUCCUGAACCCAGAUCAGGAGGAGCGUCGUGUCCAGACCAGCAGGAGGAACACGCCGGACUGGGUGUUCAGAUCCAGAGACAGCCCUGUCCGUCCAUCACCUUCUGUUCUGUUGACGGCUCGUGGGGUCCCUGGGGUUCGUGGUCAGACUGUGAUGUGUGUGAAGGUGUAUCAGUCAGACAGCGGGUGUGUAACAGUCCUCCGGCCAGGUUUGGUGGUCUCCCGUGUCAUGGAGAAAUUCGACAGACCCGCGGCUGCCACGACAACAUCACCGUCUGUACAGACUGUGGUGGUGGUCAGGAGUUUUGGCCGUGCGGGAAGCCAUGUCCUCGCUCUUGCUCUGAUCUCCAUGGAGACACGGAGUGCGUGGAUGUUCUGGGAUGCAGCCCGUCCUGCGGUUGUCCCGGAGACAUGAUGCUGCAGGACGGCGUGUGUGUGGAGCGAGAUCUGUGUCGCUGUAAAUAUCACAACAGCAGCACGUUUGGGUUAGAUGCUGCUAAUGUUUCCUGGUCGUGGUCCGGCACAUCAGACUGGCAACAUGCCAAUCCUGGAGAGGCGGUGAUCACCGACUGUAAUAACUGCACUUGUGAUGCCGGCGUCCUCCAGUGUGAAUCACUUCCUGGUUGUUUUGUGGAUGGUGGAUGGAGCCAAUGGGCACCCUGGUCUGAAUGCUCCACCCCAUGUGGGGGCGGGGUUAGAAUACGGUCACGUCAGUGUGAUAACCCCGCCCCUCAGGGAGGAGGCAGACAGUGCUCAGGGUCAGGUGAACAGCUGAAAGUGUGUAACGCUCAUAACUGCACAGACUCUGGGCCGUGGUUCGACUGGUCGGCGUGGUCUGUGUGCUCUGUCAGUUGUGGUGGAGGGUCUCAGAGGCGUAGUCGUGUUUGCCGAACUCCUCCCUGCUCUGGGAUGAAGCGUCAGAGCAAGACGUGCAACACACAAGUGUGUCUGGACGUGGGUUGUCCUCCCGGUCGUCUAUAUAGAGAGUGUGACCCAGGUGAAGGCUGUCCGUUCAGCUGUUCUCAGGUCAGUGGUCAUGAGGGCUGUUACUCAGAGGGCUGUGAUGAGGGCUGUCACUGUCCACCCAACACGUACCAGCACAACGGGACCUGCGUUCACGAAUGCCCGUGUCUGGUGGACAGUGAGUUCCUGGCCUCUCUGCAGGGCGUGUCGCUGACCCCAGAGUUGACCCCUGACCUCCAGAACAUCACAGAGGGAACAGAACUGAUGUCUGGAGAAGAGCUGAUGCAUGAAUGCAGCUCCUGCAUUUGUGAGCACGGGCUGUGGAACUGUUCUCUGGUGCCGUGUCCUCGUGAUGGAGGUCUGUCUCCCUGGGGUCCAUGGGGUCCAUGUUCACUGAGCUGUGGGGGUUUAGGACAGAAGAGUCGCAGCAGAAGCUGUGAUCAGCCAACACCUGCUCACGGCGGUCAAGACUGUGACGGGCCUCUGCUGGACACCGCUUACUGUCAGACACCUGACUGUCCAGUGGUGCCUGUUCCUACGGAGGAACCUUCGCAACCAGAUGAGGACGUGGGGUUCUCUCAGUGGUCAGCGUGGUCUCGGUGCUCCAGAACCUGCAGUGAUUCGUCUUCUCCCGCUCUGAAGUUUCGUACGAGAGAGUGUGUGCGUGAGCUGUGUUCUGGAGAGACCCGACAGGAUCGAGUGUGUAACCUGCCGCAGUGUCCCGACGGUGGCGUGUGCGAGGGUCUGGAUUGUGUCGACAGGAACUGUUCCUGGACCGUGUGGGCCGAGUGGACUCCUUGUUCUCGCUCAUGUGGGGUGGGUCAACACCAGCGUGUCCGGACCUUUCUCGCCCCGGGCGUCAACGGGACCUGGUGUCAGGACAUCAUUGGAGGAAACGUGGAAAACCGCUUCUGUAACAUUCGAGCCUGUCGCGUGGAUGGAGGUUGGUCUCGCUGGAGCUCUUGGUCUCGCUGCGGUAAAUCUUGUGGAGGUGGACGAUCCAUUCGUACUCGCUCCUGCUCGAGUCCUCCCCCUAAAAAUGGAGGCCGCAAGUGUACAGGAGAGAAGAACCAGGUCAAACCCUGCAACACCAGACCCUGCGAUGAUCAUGGCUGUCCACCCGGCCAGGAUUUUGUGUCCUGUGCCAAUGAGUGUCCACAGCGCUGUUCAGAUCUCCAGCAGGGGAUUCAGUGUCAGCGGAGCUCUGAAUGUCAGCAGGGCUGUAGAUGUCCACACGGUCAGUUACUGCAGGACGGAGUGUGUGUUCAGUUAUGGCAGUGCGACUGUCUGGACGCGUCGGGUCAGAGUUGGGUGGCGGGCAGCACGCAUCAGGUGGGAUGUAAUAAUUGCAGCUGCGCAGACGGCACGCUCACCUGCAGCAACCACACCUGCGCAGGCACAUGCACGUGGAGCAGCUGGUCUAACUGGGCGUCCUGCAGCAGCACGUGUGGACCUGGACGACGGACGCGGUUCAGGUCUUUGGUUUCCGAGAGCGCUGAUGUUGACUGCCAGUUUGAGGAAGUACAACACAAAUCAUGUGACCCCGGGCUGUGUCCUCCGCUCUGUGUACGCAACGGGCUGGAGGGGUCUGUGGGUGACACGUGGAUAGACGGGGAAUGUAAACAAUGUACCUGCAUUCCUGAGGGAGAAUACUGUCAGGAUAUAGAUUGUCGAGUGGAUGGUGGAUGGACGCCGUGGUCUGUGUGGUCUGACUGUCCCGUCACAUGUGGGAAGGGUAAACAGAUAAGAACCCGAGCCUGUAUCAACCCUCCACCACGCAACAAUGGCACAUACUGUACAGGACCUGAGAGAGACACCCAGAACUGUCACGCUGGCCCAUGUCUGGAUGACGUGUGUCCGUGGUCAGCGUGGUCACUCUGUUCUCGAAGCUGUGGUGCUGGUGUAAUCUCCAGACGUCGACAGUGUGUGUGUGAGGAUGACGGAGAUUACGCUUGUCCUCCAGGGGUCGACACAGACAGAGAAGAGACACAGUUGUGUUAUAAGAGACCCUGUCCAGACUGUGUGAUGUCCGAGUGGAGCGAGUGGUCCGUGUGUUCGUGUGUAUCUCAGUUUCAGCAGAGGUAUCGUGCACCGCUCAUCUCGGCCUCCGGUGGGCAGCACUGCACUGAUCUUGAGAGACAGAGUCGACCCUGCACACCUGAAAACUGCCAAGACUGUGAAGAGCCCUUCGUGUUCUCUGAAUGUGGAUCGGUGUGUGAGAAACACUGUGAUCUGUUGGGUGAAACUGAUUCCUGUGUGAACUGCACGCCCGGCUGCUUCUGUCCCGAGGGUGUCCUGCAGCAGAACGGCUCAUGUGUCCGGCCGGAUCAGUGCGGAUGUGUUCAUCUCCAACAUCAGGGUUCAGAUAGACCCGUGCCUGUCACCGUCCCACAGGGGGCGCUGCUCACCGAGGGCUGCAGGACAUGUAUUUGUCAUGAUGGCUCUCUACAGUGUGAUUCACGGGAAUGUGAAGUGAUGGUCAGUGAGUGGUCAGAAUGGACCUCCUGCUCUCCGUGUAUCCCACAAUCCUCGUCUCUCUCUGGUGGGAUGGGUUUGGGUCUUGUUUCCGUGCAGCGACGGUUUCGGGCCUGUCUGGAUGUGGAGUCAGGACUGCCGGUCAGCGGGCGAGAGCGCGACUGUGAGGAGGAGCUGGAGGAGGAGAGGCUCUGCACACAGCCCGACGUCUGCGCAGAUGUGUGUCACUGGAGCCCGUGGAGCGUUUGGAGCGUCUGUAAAGACCCCUGCAGCGGUGGCUUCCGUCAGCGUGAGCGACGACCCCUGACCGCUGACCCUGCACCUCACUGCAGAAACCUGCAGACGCAGUCUCAGAGCUGCAACACGGGCAUCUGUCCCGGUGAGCACUGUGAGGACAGGGGGCGUGUCUACGACGACUCCUGUGCCAAUCGAUGUCCCCGCAGCUGCGCAGACCUGUGGGAUCACGUUCAGUGUCUGCAGGGCCGCUGUCACGCAGGGUGUCGCUGUGCCGAUGGGCGGCUCUCACAGGACGGCUCGUGUGUGCGAGUGGAUAAAUGUCGCUGUGGUGUUUUGGCGGAGAACGGAACACUUGAGAUCCAACCUGGUCAGAACGUAACCAUUGACUGCAACAGCUGCUUGUGUGUUAAUGGAUCGCUGGAGUGUUCGGAUCGGGUGUGUCCUGUGUACAGUCCGUGGGGAGCGUGGAGUGAGUGUUCAGUGUCGUGUGGAUCAGGCAUGCGGAUGCGCAGUCGAACCUGCAAACCUGUCGCAGGAGGAGAGGCUUGUGAAGAAACGCUCCAGAAUCAAACCUGCUCUCUGCCGCCCUGUCCAGCUGGUUGUGUUAUGAGCGGUUGGUCGUCCUGGACAGACUGCAGCGCCUCCUGUGGUGGAGGAGUGUCACUGCGCAGAAAGACCAUCUUACAGGAGCCAGAGCGGGGGGGCUCGGCCUGUCCCGGACCCCUGGAGCAACACAUAGCAUGCAAUACUAACAGCUGCCUGCCUGAUUGUCCUGCGGGUCAGGAGUUCAGUCUCUGUGCUGGUUUGUGUCCGUACGGCUGUGAGGAUCUGUGGCCUGAGAAUCAGUGUGUGUCCGUCACCUGCGGUCCUGGAUGUGUCUGUCCUACAGGAUCAGUUAUGCUCAACGGGACGUGCAUUCCACCAUCUGAAUGUCCGUGUUCUCCUCUGUCUCUCCUGCUGGCCUUUCCCAACAUGACUCUGGACGUCCAGGAACAUCAAGUUCCCCCCGGAAGCAUCAUACCACAUUUGUGCAAUUCCUGCGUGUGUGAUAGCGGCAUCUUCACCUGCUCUAAUGUGUCAUGUGACGUGGACUGUGAAUGGAGCAGUUGGUCUGCGUGGAGCUCGUGUUCAGCGUCAUGUGGAUCUGGACAUCAGUUUUCCAGUCGGACGGUUCAGAGAGAGCAGCAGUACGGAGGACGGGAAUGUGAGGGACCCUCAAACAGAACUCAAAUCUGCCGGGGUCCUGAAUGCGAGUGUCCGGAGGGUGAACGCUGGCUCUGGGCGGUCACUGGAUCAGAGCGUGUGUGUGAGAGAGGCUGUUUGGACAUGUAUCGUCCUGAAGCGCUCAACUGCAGGAGUCAAGGGGCGUCAGAGGGGUGCGUGUGUGAGGAAGGACUCUAUCGCAGUCCGGACGGCCAGUGUGUGAUUCCGGCUCUGUGUCAGUGUGAAGAUCAUGAUGGAACACUUCGAGAGCUGGGGUCAGAGUGGACGGACGGUUGCCUGUCCUGCCAUUGUGUUAAUGGUCAGAGAAGCUGUCAAUCAAACUGUCCUUCACUUCAUUGCUCUGAGGGUGAAGUGAAGGUUCUGGAGCCGGGGGUCUGUUGUCCCGUGUGCAGGAGGGAGUACCCAGAGGAUCCUGUUGCGGAGUGCCGUCGUUACACCGAGGUCAGGAACAUCACCAAGGGCGACUGUCGCCUCGACAACGUGGAGGUCAGCUUCUGCAGAGGGCGCUGUUUGUCCAGAAUCGAUGUCAUUCUAGAGGAGCCCUACCUCCAGGCAUUUUGUGACUGUUGCAGUUACAGGCUGGACCCGCAGAACCCGGUGCAUUUCCUCAGUCUGCAGUGUGCCAGCGGAGAUGUAGAGCCUGUCGUUCUUCCCGUCAUUCACAGCUGCGAGUGUACCAGCUGUCAGGGUGGAGACCUGUCGAGACGCUGAUCGGCCACUGAUGAAUGGACAGAGCGUUUGAAGAGAGAAUGCUGCGUCCUUUUAUUCAUCCAGUGUUACUUACGUAGAUUGUCAUUAUAUGACUGAAUCUUUUCUAUUUAAUAUUUCCUAAAGCUCUACGAGAUUUACCUUCUGUACAGCCUUUAAAUUAUGAUUAUCACUUAUUUCUGACUUUAAAAAUACAGCAGGGUUUACAAAAUAAUAAUGAAUUACUUUAUUACACUAGCUCUUCCUGAUUUGAAGAAUUGUUGCCAAAGAUAUUGAUCUUUCUGUUGUCAUAACAAGUGAUUUCUUUAAAACAGGUUUGUAGAAAAAUGUAUAUUAAAAGAGAUAUGAAGAGAGAUAUCUGUUUCCUCAUAAGUAAUG